AUGACCUCAUCUCGUCAACGUCUCCAGGAUAGACUAGACGUUGAGAAUGCUCUACUCCAGGGCACAGGCAUAGCUCAACUCACCCAUUCUAUUCCCUCACACAAAUUCUACUCCAACUUCACCUCACCCUUGCCCCCAGCCUACAAAACCAUCAAAGUCACACAACGAAGCGACAUUGAAAGAUUGUACCCUCUACUUUUAUCGUACAUCACUGAACCAAACAAGGCAAAUUCACUACGUGAGGUCAUUGUUGACACAUACGCUUGGCCAAACUUCUAUUCCUGCCUCUACGACGAAGGCGACGAUCCGGAGCCGCGCCAAGACAGUGGCGAGGACCUAAAUGAAACGCGCCCCAAUCGUCAAAUCGACCAGGAUGCUCAUUUAGCUCUCGAAAGACACGUUACAUCCCUUGGUCUUGGGGAUCAAUUAACAGAAGAUAUCGUUGUAGCUUUGACAUGGAAGAAGAGACAAUGGUCGGGUGAAGUCCCGGUCACUGCAAGGGACUUUGACGACAAUGAAAGGGCGUUUGCAACCGCUGCACUCAUCAUAAUUUUCUCCCUAUGUGAAAGAAUCUCUGUUCUGCGUAUAGCUGAGUUCCCUACGCUUCUUAGGGAGUAUUUGCUCAAAAACAACUAUGGGCAGCUCAAACGAGUUGCCUUACAGCAACUCAAAACUGUCGAGUUCGUCAAGGAAUAUCCCUUGGACAACAGGGUAUACGAGAUAGUGGAGUUCUUCGAGUAUCUCAGGCAUUUUGGCAAGCUGCCAGCCAUAGAAAACUUGACUAUGGAGGGCGUCAUGGAGAGCGAAGUCAACGAUCUGGUCUCACCAGGCACUUCCAAUAUUAAAAACAUCCACCUCAGCCAUUGCGAUAUUUCUGGCUCGACGUUGAGCAAGAUGAUUCGUUCUUCCAAAAUACUCGAAGAACUCCGAGUGUCCUUCGGUGGCUUGUGGCACCUGGACAUUGGUGCUUGGAACAUCCGGCCUCAAACAGUGGGCAAAAGUCUGCUGCAACAUCGAGACAGCUUGAAAGUGCUAGAUCUUGACAUUGCAGACUUUGAUUAUACAGAGGUUGAAUCUUGGGAAAAUAGUAGGUUUGAGGAGCUUGUACAGGGAGGCGAGGAGUAUUUCGAGCUCGACAGAAAAUCAAGCACGCUCCCAUUCUGGCAAGAAGAUAUACCAGAUGACCGGCCAUACAGUCUGACUAUCGGUUCUCUGCACGAUUUCAAGGCCAUGACGCACCUAAGUAUUGGCCUGAAUGCUCUGUUCGGCCCAUCAUAUAGACGAAAAGAACCUCCAUUCAGACUCAUAGAUGCCUUACCUCCGAAUCUGGAGUAUCUGUGCCUCUAUGGUUAUGCCAAAGGAGAAUCCGAGGAAGUUGAUAGCCAUGUCAAUGAGCUUAUACAACACAAGGGAAAUCGUCUGCUCCGUCUGGUCAACAUUCAGGGUGUAGAUGAGACCGUCCUGGGGGUCUCUGAUCUAUAUGCCGACGAUAACUCCCAAAUGGAAGACAACCUGUGGCAAUGGCCUGAUAUAAAACUAGAGUGGGUAGAAGCAUAG